GGCAGGGCAGACACAGCUGGCAGUUGGCACACGCACUAAAAGGUCACUCACUCUCUUGCUCCAGUGCCUGCUUGCCUGUGUUACGUCGUCAUCACAUCAGUGAUUCAUCCCACCAAGUUUAAUAGAGCUAUCUAUAACUCCACCCCUCUCUUCCUCUUUCGCUUUACACUAUUUCUCGUGUCGCUGCUCUUGUUUUAUAUAUAUAUAUAUAUAUAUAUAAUUUAAAGAAGAUAAGAGAAGAGAGGAGAGGAGAAAUAUUGUUCAAUUCUCCGAAAAGUUUUGAUUUUUGUAUCUGUGUCGAGUCGAGUGAUGGCUGACUGCAGGAGAGUGGGUGUGGCAGUUGAUUUCUCGCCCUGCAGCAGGAAAGCCCUCAAAUGGGCUGUGGAUAACCUUGUGCGCACCGGGGAUCACCUCAUCCUCGUCACCGUCCGCCAUGAAGGUUACUAUGAGUCCGGCGAGAUGCAGCUUUGGGAGGCCACCGGUUCUCCCCUGAUUCCUCUGAGCGAAUUUGCGGAUCCCCACAUCAUGAAGAAGAAGUAUGAAGUCGAGGCUGAUCCUGAAACACUUGAUAUCGUCUCCACGGCAUCUAGGCAGAAAGAGAUUACUGUGCUGAUGAAAAUUUUCUGGGGUGAUGCCCGAGAGAAGAUCUGCGAAUCAGUUGACAACAUCCCCCUGGACUGCCUGGUCAUUGGGAAUAGAGGCCUUGGCAAGAUCAAAAGGGCCAUCAUGGGCAGCGUAAGCAACUUUGUGGUGAACAAUGCUACGUGCCCCGUUACUGUCGUGAAAAGCCAUGACUAGGCCAGGCUGGGUUGAGGAAGAGGAAGAAGAAGAAGAGGAAGAGGAGGAGGAUUCCUGCUGUUGUCUGGCUAGCUCAGGAUAUUCUUCUACUAGAAUAAAAAAUAAAUGAUUUAUGUUUGCUGUUGUUGUUGUAUCGUCGACUGUGUCUGUCUGCCUUGUCUAUGACUGUAUUUGCACGCAUGGUGAUCAUUCUUGCUGUAAUUGAGAGAGAGACGGGGCUUCUUGAGCACUUAAAAGUUAUGUAUAUGUGAGUGACUCCUUUUGACAAGAACUCCCUUAAUCUAGCAAGCAUGCCUAAAUGCAUA